AUGUUUGGUGGUGGUGAAGAGUACUUCCGCGAGCCCCCGUCGAUCGAUCGCGACACACUGCGGCACUUUGCGUUGCUCUGUGCCCGCCUCCGCACAGCGGAGAAGCCGGGCAAGAAGACGGUGACGGAAUGUGUUGAGUUGGCCCGUGGCGUGGGUGACAACGAAAUGGCCUUUGAGCUUGUCGUUGGCGUGCUCUUCCGUCACAUCAAGUCAUGGACGGGAAACAAGCAGUUGACAUGCUGGUACGUCUUGGACAAGUUGUGCAAAGAGGACCGUGACAAGUACGGUUACACUGCGGGCAAGUACAUCCUUGAGAUUGGUCGGGACUACAUCCCUUACGAAGAUCCCGUUCUUGGCCCCAAGUACGAGAGCCUUGUGGAGCACUGGGAGGGUGUCUUUCCACGGCACGUGGUGGAUGCUCUCUGGUUAGCGAAGAAGGACCGUCUGUGGGCAUGCGCACACCCCGCAGAGGUGUUGCAGCAAAAGGAAGAGGAAGAGCAGCAGUGGAAGGCGGAGGAGAUGGCACUGGAGGAUGAGGAAGGCCUGAAUGAUUACGGACAGCCAUGCAUGGACUACCUGCAGGGUCGUUGCUUUUGGGGUGAUGCCUGUCGUUUGUAUCACCCCCCAGGGGAGGAGGGAACGAUGCCGCUCGAGUGCCGCCUGGGAGACUGGAAGUGCCCCUCUUGCGGGGCCAUCAAUCGUCAUUUCCAGCGGCGUUGCUCGAGUUGCGUGAAGGAGAAGCCACAAUACAAGAAGGCACGGAAGCCAACCACGGAAGAGGCCAUGUUGUCGUCCCCGGACCCAAACGUGUACGCUGUGAUUCGCCGGCAGUUCGGCUACGACCCUAACGUUGAGGAAGAGGCGGUGGUGCAUUGGAGAACCCGCUUGGGCGACACACCCAUCGACACCUACAAGAAGGAGAGAGCUGCGGCUUAUCGUGUGCGUAUUCUCGGAAAGCCACCAAUGUCAGAGAUGGAGGAGCGUAUGAAGUCGCAAAAAAAUUACCCUGAUGUCGACAUUGGUCCUCCCGACGAAGCUUUUGAAGCCAAUGGGGCCGAAGUACAUAAGGUGACGGAGUCGCUAGUGCCUGCUGGCACGGCUUCAGCUAGUGCCGUGGGGCUGCUUGCCCAGACAAUUAUUGAACGCGGAGCACGAGACCCAAAACUGCCCCAGUUGCUAAGCGAACUCGUACAGUAUGUGAAGCAGGUUGCGGGAGACAGUGCAGUACGGCUGACGACGACACAAGGAGAGGCACUCUUGACAGCAUGUAAGAUUGUCUUUUCGGCGUGGGGCGCGGAUCGCGGUGCCAGGCCUUUUGUUCCGCCCUUCUUCAGGGACAUGAGACACACAGAGGCCGCGUUGGGGCUGUCGGCGGAGCAGCAGGAACAGCUGACAUCCAUGACGGGAGAAUUCCGUACAAAUUGA